CGCUGGACGCCAUCUCUUUCUUCCGCUUUCUUCACCAUCAUUCGUCUGCAAUUUCGCUACUAUCCGACCCGUUCUUCUUCCUUUCCAGGUCAGUUCCUUUUCUCGCCGCCAUGAUUGUUUCAGAUUCCGAUUCGGCUACCCCAUCGUCCAAUUCUCGCCAAGCCGAUCAAUCGGCCUCUGGCCGUAACCCCGGCCACACUCAAUCACCCCAACCGUCACCGUCGGCCGUGUCUGGCCAUAAACGGCGUCGAUUGAGGAAGCAAUUCCCUUCCUCAACCUCGGUAGAUGAGGGCUCGAGGGUUGGAUUGGACGAAAACAUCAUGGCGCUGUGCCAUUGCCAGAUUACUGACCGGGGAUUCGCCGAUGCUACUGACAUGGUCGGACCUUCCAUUGAAGUCAUGAGACCUACCAGCACCCAAACCGCCCUGGACGCCCCUUCAGGGUUCUUCACGGUCCAUCUGGCGUCUUUGAAGAAGGGGCUGCGCUUCCCACUCCACCCGCUUUUGAUUGAAUUCCUCAACGUGGUGGACCUUCUUCCGUGUCAGUUGGUCCCCAACUCUCACCGGUACAUCGCCGGUUAUUUGGUCCGGUGCAAGGUUGUAGGGGUGAAACCAACUUUGGACCAUUUCCUAUUCACUUUUAAGCUGACCAAGGGCCAUAAGGAUUGGGCGUCCUAUGCCAGCCUUUCCCAGAGGUCUAGUAAGCUCUUUGCUAGUGACAAGAAGGGGUCGACCAAAGACUGGAAACCCUUCUUCGUUUUCGUCUCGACGAGGCCCGAAUCUCCUUUCACGGGUUCAGGGCGCCCUUCCUUCCGCCGCAUCCCAUGCCCCCCAUCUGAUGCCACCCUUUUGUCCAUCACUCGCCAACUCUGCAAUAAUGGAGUUAUGAACAUUAAAGAGGUGGUGACAGAGGAAACCCUUGCCGGGUUGGGGUUUGAGUUUGUUCAGGAUGAGCUUCGCCACCAACCCGACCUACUGAGGGACAUCCCCGGGGGGCAUCAGCCUGUCCAGCUGAAGGACAUUCCUGAGGAAGGUCUUGACUGUGGUCCUUUUGUGGAAUUACAAGAUUUAGGAGAAGAGAUGGACAGCGAUCUCCUGCUCAGUCGCUUCACUGCAGGGAGGAAGAGGAAGAGAGAGGCGAAGGGCCAGGGCAAACGCUCUUCGUCCCACCAUGAGCAGAGUCCCUCCCGAGAGCCGGCUGUUAUUGUAGUGAAGGACCAGGAUGAUGCUACCCUGGAAACGGGUGCGGUGACCGGUCAUUCCCCUCCCCUCUGUGAGGCCAGGUGGCGACCUCGCUGGGUCGUCACAAGGCGUUGCCUCGGAGCGACCUCCUUCGCCUCCCGCAGUGACCUACGAGAGACCCUGAUCACCUUGCCCGCGGAGGACCAAGCUCGCAUCUCGGCCGGUUCUGAGGACGACCUUGAUAACAUGGUCCUCUUGAGGCUAAGCCAGGCCACGCUGGGGAUGAUCGAGGUGGUCGGUAGGAGACGGGGUCACCAGGCUGCCUUGGGCGAGGCGUUGAAGACAUCGGAGGCCAAGCAGAAGGAAUUGCAGGAGGAGGUCGCCCGACUCACAAGAGAGCUGGGGGAGAAGGAAGAUCGUUGCGCGGUGCUUGCUGCAGAGAAAACUUCCAAGGAGAACCGCUGCGUCGCCCUUGAGGCAGACAAAGCCUCCUUGUCCUUGGAGGUAGAAUCUGUUUCCGCUCGCGUGGUCGAGCUGGAGGGGGAAAAAUCUGACCUGAUCCAGCAGUUGGAAGUGGAGAGGAGCGACCGGGCCCGCCAUGCGGAGGAAGUGGUAGAAUCCUUCAAGUCUUCUCCUGACUUCACAAUGGUCGCGAUGGAGCGAAUGGAAGAACUAACAGCCGCUUGGCUCAAAACUGAACCUGGGGCUCAAUGGAUGGUCAAGGAGGGGACCAAGUCCUUCAAUUGUGGACUCUUCCGCGCCCAACAGGUCUUCCGCGACAGACUGGCCCAGCUCCCCAAAGGAUUCUCUCUCCCCGACCUCGGCUUUCCCCCUCCUUGCCGUUCCUUGGUCGAGUUCGACCCCAGCCCUUACUUGGACGGAGGGAGCUCAAGCGCGUCUGAAGAAGAGGAAGAAGAAGAGGAGGAAGGUGGACAAGGCGACCAGAAUCCAGGAGCCAGCUUAGCCACGUCCAAAGCGGGUGGACAUUCUGGCUCGACCUCCCGGCCCGUCUACCCGUCCAGGCCCAAUCUAUGGACUGGCCAGCGUGCCGCCCAACUGACCCAAUGCCCUUCACAGUCUCUGAUUGGACCUUCGCGCGGCUCAAAGCUGCUUUAUCGGUUCAUCAUUGCCAUGUCUGAAGGAAUUCCUAUUUCUCUGAAUCUUUCCGACGGGCCGGCUCCUUCUUCGCCAGAGCCUGCCUCCUCCCCCAAGUUAGUCAAUUCCAAUGACUGGGGGGGGUCAGACCCUUACGAAUUCUGCCGCCGGUUGCCUCGCCGGCAGUGGCCGUCGGUAAAACCGCCGCCACUACCACCAAACCCUUAUGAAGACUUUAGUGAGGCGUACAAGGCCCUCUCCGCCAAUCGCCUGCCUGACGGGCGGAUUGAUUGGGAUGCCCCAUGCCCCCUCCAUUCCCUGCAAUGCAUGGCCUGGGAGAGCUUUCAUGAUGAGCACUUACCCCUCCUGGAGCAUGAGUGCGCAUACUACGCAAGUCUUGAACGAUGGACUAGCGAAAGUCGCACCAAUUCGCCGGUGAGGCCUAAGGAGGAGGUUGUGUUGGGGGAAGAACUGGGUUCCAACCCACCUCGUCCCACCAGCCACUCAACUCCCUGGAAAACCCGUAGGCGACCUGGAGUAGCCCGAGCGGCUUCAGGAUCUCCAUCCUCAUCUAGGUGAUGUGGCUUCAGGAUCUCCACCCUCAUCUAGGUGAUGCUGGUUGGGGUUCAGGGAGAAGUGAGCCGUUCCCCGUCCUUUCUUGGUAGGAGAAGGGCGGUGGGUUUUUGCCGAGGCCGGGGGCGACCAUUCCCGUUCCAUGAUGGGGAAGAAAGGUGGUCGUCCUGG